UCGCAACUUCUGCGCACUUACACCUCGAUGCUCCGCUCGACCCCCUUGAUGCUCAUCUUCCAACACAACAACCUGACCGCUAUCGAGUGGGCUGCGAUAAGGCGAGAGCUUAGCCUUGCCCUGAGCAACGUUCCAGUUCCAGAGGACGCUCCCGAUAUCACUUCCAAGAUCCACCUCCAGGUUGUCCGCACGCGCAUCUUCGAUGUUGCGCUCAAGACCGUUGAGUUCUUCGACCCUUCUACAGUGGAGCCCACCACGGCUACAACAGCUACGGGCACCAAGGUUCCCGCUACAUACAACCACGAUCUGUCGAAGCAUGCGUGGAAGGCUGUCAAAGAGGCGACCAAGAACACCGAGGCCGUUGAGAAGACCGUUUACGGCCAGCUCGCUCCUCUGCUCGUCGGACCUGUCGCCAUCCUCACCCUGCCCUCCGUGUCGCCGGCGCAUCUCGGCGCUGCCCUGAGCGUCCUCGCCCCUAGCCCCCCAGCCUUCCCUGCGCCCAGCAGGAAGAAGAACCCCGGUUAUUAUGACCUUACCUGCCAGUCUGGUCUGCAGAAGCUCCUGCUAGUCGGUGGCCGCAUCGAGGGCAAGGCCUUCGACUACGACGGCAUCAAGUGGGUUGGCGGCAUCGAGAACGGAAUCGAGGGUCUGCGCGCCCAGCUCGUGCACAUGCUGCAGAGCGCCGGCAUGGGUCUUACCAGCGUUUUGGAGGGUGCUGGCAAGAGCCUCUGGCUUACCAUGGAGAGCCGCAGGAGUGUCUUGGAGGAGGAGCAGAACCCCAAGAAGGAGGGCGAGGGCGAGGAGGAGAAGAAAGAGUAGAUCUGAUCAGCGUGAAGUCGAGUGCGAACAACCGGAAAUAUCGGGGCCCAAUUUACUCCACAAACACCAAAGGUCUGGGUGCUUUACAUUUCUCAGGCUUGCCGGACCUAGUGAUACGAUGCUGCUACUUUAUAAGAGAUCAAGUACAAAAGAUCUGGUGUACAAUACAAUGUAACAAAGACAUAUGUAAAAGCGCAAAUCAUCUGGC